AUGAUUGUUGUUGGCUACAGGUACUAUCAGAAUGUUCGAAAGGAAGGUGACCCACCUCUUCCGCACCCAGGUGACGAUGACGCCGAAGAAGGCGCGCAGUCACCACUCAGAGUGGUUAUGUACAAGGGACAGCGAAAAUCGGUUUUGCACAUUGGGGGUGAGAUCCCAAAGCAGGAGGUCUUGGACUUUUUCAAGCCAGUUUCCCAGGAUCUCACAAGGGUCAAGGCACCGAAGGCGGUUCCCCUUGUCUCAAACGCAUCUUUUCAGAAGGAUGUUCUGGCCGACAGCCAGCCAGGAAAACCGAUGGUGUUACUGCAAAUGUAUGAGGACACCUGCUUCCUUUGCUUCUUGAUGAGACCUUUCAUCAACUCCUUGGGUGAGCUCCUGCUUGAGAACAAGGCACCUUUUCGCCUGAAGAGGUUAAACAUUGAGAAGAACGACUUUCCGGACGGUUGUCCAGUUGCAAGAGGCACUCCCACAUUUGCCUUGUUUCGCGGUGGGGAUGCUCCUGGUGAGAAGUGGGAGGAGUUCAAGCCCAAGGACCUCUGUGAAAAGAUUACGAAGGUUUUUCCGGCACUGUCCGACAGCGCCUUUCAGAAAAUGGAUGAGUUGCAAGCAAUGGUCCCGAGACGGUUCCAGCUGUUUACGCAACUGGUCAUGUGGUCGGUUGAGCUGCAAAAGCUGGAGUCGUGUAUCUCCAGUAGAGUCGGAGAAACUGCCGAUGCAAUGCCGGAGGACAGCGAGUUCAACUCUGUGCUUUCCAGACUAAUGGCGAAAGACAUGAGGCGUGUGGAUGGGCUUGUGGACAGCAUAGAGUUCCUGCAGCAUCAAGUGGAUGAGGCAGAGCACGAUGCUGUGGUGAUGAGCAUUAUGCUCGGCGAAAAUGUGUUGGCCAGGGAGGCGGAGGAGGAGCAGGCUGAAUCGGCGAGGAGAAGCAAGUGA